AUGUUCAACCUCAGCAGCCUUGUGCAGAAGGCUCAAUCCCUCAUUGACCCAACCCAAGCCCUUAAUAUCUCUGCAUCCGACCGGAACCCAGCGAAAUCCACCCUCUUCCGCCAUCAGUUCCGCUUGCCCGAUUCCCAGACACCACUGCAAGAGAUCACCGCAGAGCUCACCAUUUCUCCACCGGCGACCUAUUCUCCGAAUGCUACACAAGGGGAGAAGGACAGGGACAGGGACCGAGGCUAUCACUAUGCAGGAAAGCUGCACUUGAGCGAGAGUUACCUUUGUUUUUCAACGCAACCCACCAGCUUCCUGCAGACCGCCAGCACUAGCACAUCCUCGGGCUUUACGGGCCAGACACAUGGGGCUGGGCCCGGAGGGAAUGGUUUUACCCUUCCAUUAUGUGCCAUCCGGCGUGUAGAGCGGCUGCAUAGCCAAAGCUUCCAAUUUGCUCUAGCCAUCACAACAUGGAAUGGCGUGGGCAGCUCCAGCGCGACCGAAGGACCGAAACCCCCCGUCAAUCAGCAGAGGAUCACUAUACAGCUUGCGGGUACCCGGCAGGCUUGCGAGAGGUUCUGCGACGGGCUGAAGAGGGGCCUAAAGAAUGGCGUGGCAGAUGUGGGAAAGCUGAAGAGGGUAGUCUCACAAUGCUACUCAGAGCAUCUCCUCUCGGGCGAAAAGAAGACUGCGGAUCUUCCAGACGCCGGACUUGGCAUGAUAUUUCGAUACCCAGGCGACGCGAGGAAGCUGCGCGAUAGGAGCAAGAUGAGGUUAUGGGGGGAAUACCUUCGAGAAAACGGACGGAACGUUACCCUCAUACGACAGCCUACUUUCCACAAGCUCAUCCGAGUGGGAUUGCCGAAUCGUCUGCGUGGAGAAAUAUGGGAACAGACAUCAGGGGCCCUGUUCCUGCGUCUAGAGGAACCAACACUAUUUGUGGACACAUUGGCAAAGAACGAAGGACGAGAAUCUCUUGCGAUUGACGAAAUCGAGAAGGAUCUAAAUCGAAGUCUGCCGGAAUACCCUGGUUUUCAAAGCGAAGAGGGAAUUGUGCGUCUUAGGAGGGUCCUCACAGCAUACAGUUGGAUUGACGAGGAAGUUGGGUACUGCCAAGCUAUGAACAUUGUUGUAGCUGCCCUCCUCAUUUACAUGUCUGAAACCCAGGCAUUUUUCUUGCUUCGCACCCUUUGCGACCGCUUGCUCCCCGGAUAUUACUCAACGACGAUGUAUGGCACUCUAUUGGAUCAGCGGGUUUUUGAAUCUCUGGUAGAAAAGACCAUGCCCAUCCUUUGGGACCAUCUUGUCAAGUCGGACGUACAGCUUUCUGUCGUGUCUCUUCCUUGGUUUCUUUCCUUGUACAUCAAUUCCAUGCCGCUUGUGUUCGCAUUCCGCGUUCUCGACGUUUUCUUUUUGGAGGGUCCAAAGGUGCUUUUCCAGGUCGGACUCGCUAUCUUGCGAAUCAACGGGGAAGAACUUUUAGAUGCCACGGAUGACGGUGCCUUCAUUUCGGUCUUGAAGAGUUACUUCUCGAAAUUGGACGAGUCCGCACAUCCAAAGUCAGAAAACGCCAAAUUACGAGCUGUAACCCGCUUUCAAGAGCUGAUGGUCGUUGCUUUCAAAGAGUUCUCGGGGAUUACCCAAAAUAGCAUCUCGGAACAACGUAUGAAGCACAAGAACGCCGUGUUAAACAAUAUUGAGAGCUUUGCGAAACGAACCUCGAUACGCAAUCUGGGACCAGAUAGUAAACGACUCAGCGUUGAAGAUCUGGGAGCCUUGUAUGAUAGAUUUUAUGGGAUUUUGUAUGAGCGGCAACAACGAAGCCAGAUGAUUCAGGACGAACUCGACAGGCGAGAGAAGGCUAGCAAAGCUAGAGCUCCGGAAGUCGUGACCGGAUUGGCCGAGACCCAAAGCAUUGAAAAGGGACGAGUGGGCAUGGGACCCAGUCCUACUCUGAUGGAUUAUGAUGGCUUCCGAGAAUUUCUUGCUGGUAUCGCGAAAUGGGCCGUCACGGAUUCUCCUUCGCCCCCGGAAAAUGAUCCUGCAUCUGGCCAAGAGAAGCAUUCAUACUUUGGUCACAGCGCCCGCCGGCGGGAUAUUUCUCUUUCGCCGUGGGGUGUUGGAAACCCGGAACCAGCUGACCACGAGUUCAUGAGACGCUUAUUCCAACGAUGGGAUGUUGGCAUGAACUCGGCGUUGACGCUGCAGGAUGUUGUGACUGGUAUUGCGCACAUCAAGGGCAAAGGAGACAUCAUGGGUAGCAUUACAUACUUCUUCGAGCUCUACGAUGAUGAUGGAGACGGAAAGGUUGACAGGGAAGGAAUUCUCCGAAUAUCUGAAGCAUUGUUGUUCCUCUCACGGCGUGGCCUAGCCGGAUCUUUGACGCCUUCCAGAUCGAUGGUUGGUCUCAGCGAAUAUGAAGCUAGUAGCAACAGCCUUGAAGUCCCGCAUGGAACAACACAAGAGCGUUUCUUGAGCAGCGUCAGUGCAUUCAUCAGACGCUGCUUUGAAUAUGCUGAUCCCGAUCAUCCCCAAAAUAUGGAGGACAAGGAAAAUGAUGACUCAAAGGUAGAUGACCCAGACAGCUUCGAGAUAGGGGAUGACAGCGACGAAGAGGAAGAUCUCCUUGACCUUGGCACUGAGAAGGCCCUCAAACCGACCAAGAACUCACCAGGGCCUCCUAGACAACCCACCUCUGCUGCUAACUCAUCUCAAGACCAACGUCGCGCCUCCAGAGCCAACGCAGAGGCAGCAAACGCAGCACUCAACCCCUCGAAGCCCUUGCAUAUAACUUUACCUACCUUCCGCAUGGUAGUCUUAGCGGACGAGCUGCUCGAGCAGUUCUUUGAGUCUUCGUUCCCAGCUUCCUUUCGCAUCUCAGACAAACACGUCGCUACUGGCUCGGCGUCUUCUUCGUCAAGCCUCACGACAUUUUCCAACAUUGGUUUCGGCCGAUCUGCCACAGCAGGUCAAAGUGCUCUUGGCGGAGUUGGAGGUAACAGCUCAGCUGGCGCUGUACCACCUGGUAAGGGGCUGCGUGGGGUCCUAGACAACAUCGUCACAGAUGGUAUGCGCGUGGCAGCAGAAGUCCGCAGACGCAUGGACGAGGCACAAAAGGAAAUGGAGAAAAACGCUGUGCAUAGACCUCACGAAGAAGACGAGGAUGAAGAUGAGGGAUACGAUGCACGUACUUCCGGCGCCUACAGCGGUGAUGCUGAACGCCGCAGCGUUCGCUCCGAAGACCGUGAUUUGCUCGAAGGAGCAGAUGCCGAAGCAGCGAGUAUUCGUGGCCAGGAAGGCGUGAGCGAGGUUAAGAAAGCUUCUUUGAGUCCAGCUGGUGGCGAUGCCGGGCGAUCAAGGAGUGUAAGCACCGUGAGCACCGCCUCGAAGGUGCUGGAGUUUGAGCAAUAA